AAAAAUCCGCCCCCGUGACUAAAGUUUAUAAAAGCAAAGCAAAGUAACUCGUUGGUGUUCAGUAUCCGAUCCGCGCUUUUAAGCAGCAGCCAGCAGUAACCCGAAGAGGCCACAGAGCAGCGAAUUGCUUUUAAUUAGAUUUCUAAUCACCCUAAAAAACACACAACAAACAAAGCAAAAUGUCUUCUGAAGUGAGCAGCGACAACCCCAUCUAUGGCCCCUUCUUCGGAGUUAUGGGAGCCGCCUCCGCCAUCAUCUUCUCGGCCCUGGGCGCUGCUUAUGGCACUGCUAAGUCUGGUACCGGUAUUGCUGCCAUGUCGGUGAUGCGGCCUGAACUGAUCAUGAAAUCCAUCAUUCCUGUGGUCAUGGCGGGUAUCAUUGCCAUUUACGGUCUGGUGGUGGCUGUGCUUAUUGCCGGCGCCCUGGAAGAGCCCUCAAAGUACUCACUAUACAGGGGCUUCAUUCACUUGGGAGCCGGUCUGGCGGUGGGCUUCUCUGGCCUGGCAGCUGGUUUUGCGAUCGGCAUCGUGGGAGAUGCCGGUGUCCGUGGCACAGCACAGCAGCCUAGACUGUUCGUGGGCAUGAUCCUGAUUCUCAUCUUCGCCGAAGUGUUGGGUCUCUACGGCUUGAUUGUCGCCAUUUACCUGUACACGAAAUAAAUCAAUCAAUGCAAACCCACAACAACAGAUAGACAAACGGCGCCCAGCAAUCAACAGCAGCCACAACAACAUCAGCAGCAGCUUCAAGAGGAGCAGGUAAAAUUGUGUCAAGCCAACGAGCAACAUGUAACUUCCAACAAGCAAAACCCAGAAGAGUGCGUGUGCGGGGUAACCCUGGCGUGGACAGUUUGUACAUAGGGAGAACAACCAAAACCAGUCCUGCCGGAUUGCAGGAUUUCCGCCAUGCACUGCCUAUUGGUGGCCGCCGAUUUGCACCUGUUGCUCAGUUUACCUCGAUUCGCUGGCGCGGUUUAGCUUAGUUAUUUUCCGUUCAAAAUCAGUCCUAAACAUGAGGAAAACAAUUUGCAGUUAAGUUCAUAAAGUUGUACUAAUUAUGAUUUUUGCUAUAUCAAGAAAUCCUUCUCUUUUACUUAUUAUUUUGCGCUCCACAAUUUUGUGUGCUCUUUGUUAUUUGUUUUUUCCAUUAUUAUUAUUAAAUAAUGUUUAGUGUAUAUGUAAAGUUCGUUAAACAAAAAGAAAAAAUUGUAAAGAAAUCAACAACCAACAAUUGUCAGAAGAAACUUUGUACAUUUGCAUUGAGCCUGACGCGGCUGCAACCAAUUCAGAUCAACAAAUUUAGCGAAAGGGCCAAAACAACAACAAACAAACAAGCAGCAACCACAACAUCAAUGCUUCCGCUCGAUGCCAUCCGGCGCGGCAACGUAACGCUCUCGUCCGAUGGUCGCUGUUUGAGCGCGCCUCGCCCCCAACUUCGGUGGGAGGGGGGGUGGAAGCUCAGAACAGUGGUCCCUCUAGAGAUGUUGUCGGACGGCAAGCGGACGCUUGGCAAUACUUUAUCGUCAACUGCAAAAACCAACUACAUGCAAUCAUUCACACACACACAAAACCAACACACACACACACAUACAAAAUGUAACUAAGUCCUAUGUUUAUUUUUAAUUAUUGUUCAAUUCUAAGAAUAAUAUAUUAAAAAUUAAUAAUAAUAAAUUAUAUAUAAUUAUGAUUUUUUGUGAUAAGAAAAGAUGGUAAUACAAACAAUUACGGUAUUGAUAUACAUAAUAUAUACAGAAUAUAUAUAUAUAUAAACGAGAACAAGAAAUCAUAAACAAUUAUACAUAUUAACAUGAAAAAGUUGUUAUAAAACGUACGAAACAAUACAAAUCAAGUGAAUGAAUGUAAUGCGACAAACUAAAAAAUACUGCAAGUCAACAACCACAACACACAAUUUUUCCGCUGUUAUUGUAUAGUAAAGAAAAAAUUAUAUAUAUAAAUAUAUAUUAUGUAUAAAAUAUUAACAAGAAAUUGUAGUAGCAAAAUUAUAAACCAACAAA